GAACAUGGCAACAAGUUCUGUGAGGAGUUUGGAACACGUUCUGUCCAUGUCUUCUGUCUACCUGCACCAAACCUCCAGGAGGUUCUCAGAAAGCAGCGACAAAGGCUGGUUCCAGUCCUUACUUGCGCACAGAGUCGAUAACAGGAAGGACGCUCACUCCAACCUGCUGUCAAAGAAGGAGACCAGCAACCUGUAUAAAAUCCAGUUUCACAACGUCAAACCGGAGUGCCUGGAUGCAUACAACAGUCUAGAGGCUGAAGUACAAAACAAGCUCCAUCAGGACAGGGAAUAUCCAUGUGAAGUGGUCGGGAGCUGGAAUACGUGGUACGGGGAGCAGGAUCAAGCUGUUCAUCUGUGGAGAUACAGAGGAGGCUUUCCAGCUCUGACCCAAUGUCUGCACAAACUGAGAGCCAAUAAGGAGUAUUUGGAUUUUCAGAAGGAGAGAGCAAAAAUGUUGUUAUCGAGACAAAACCAGCUUCUUCUGGAGUUCAGUUUCUGGAAUGAACCUCUGCCAAGACAAGGACCAAACAUCUACGAGCUGCGCACCUACAACCUCAAGCCGGGAACCAUGAUUGAAUGGGGCAACCACUGGGCAAGGGCAAUCAAACACAGGCAAGAAAACAACGAAGCAGUGGGCGGCUUUUUCGCCCAGAUCGGUGACCUGUAUGUGGUUCAUCACUUGUGGGCUUAUGAAAACCUCCAGGCUCGAGAAGAGACAAGAAACGCUGCCUGGCAGAAGGACGGGUGGGCUGUAAAUGUAUAUAACACAGUGCCUUUGGUCCAAACGAUGAAGUCUAGGCUGAUGAUUCCCACAAAGUGUUCACCUUUACAAUGACAGGAUG